AUGUCGGAACGUUCUGAAUUGGUGGAAGGAUCAUCUUCUGUGACUUUGUCACCCGAAGACUCGGUUUCACAGUCACAGUCGCAAUCACAAUCACAAUCGCUAUUGCGGUCUGAUUCAGAGACGGUGGGCGAUUCUACAGAGCCUGGGUCGAGGUUGGUACGAAUGAAUGAGAAUUUUCAGCAGCAUUUGAAUUAUGUUGCGAGGAAGUUCAACAUUUUAGAUAGACUGUUUCGCCGUGGAAGUUCAAGUGAACAAGCGAUGCGUUUGCAAGUUGGGGCCAGUUCGGACGGUGUGUUUAGCAAUUUGACUGCGAAACCGGAGAGGAAUAGUGGCAACGUGAAUGUAGAGCAGGACAAGCCUCCUACAUACGAUGAGGCAGCGGCAGAUAUGGCUCCUCCAUACUAUGGGAUUGAUGACGACGGUGUUGGUUUGUACUAUAAUGAAAUUUGCAUUGAUGGGUUGCCCGUUGGGAACAUAUUCAAUUUCCUAUGGAAUGUGGUAGUGAGUUUCAGCUUCCAGUUUGUUGGGUUCUUAUUGACUUACAUUCUACACACGUCACAUGCGGCUAGACAAGGGUCUAGGUUCGGUCUAGGUAUCACUUUUAUUGGAUACGGAUAUUCGAUGAUACCGAACAACGUUUCCGGGAAGAUUGGCAAGGACAAAGACUUGGAUAGAUUGGAGUUUGACAACCCGGACUCUUACGAAGAAAUACGUCUAUACGAUAGCACACCUACACAGGACGAGUUCCAGUCUGGAUUAUCGCACGGUGUGGUAGAAAAGACGCGGCAUACACCAGCUCUUGCCGUGUUUGUGAUUAUUUUGGGUGGGUUUAUCGUAUUAAAGAGUGUUUGGGAUUAUAUCAAGGUCAAGCGUAUGGAAUCACGUUUCCUCCAAGACGCUAACGCUGCUGCGGAGGUAUGA